AUGGUCGCCUACCCGGCAAUCAAAGCAUCGAAUGCCGCCAUCGAUGAGUCAACUAUGCCACAAGUUGCAGUCUUCGUUGGAGGUACCUCUGGCAUAGGAAAGCUCACCAUCAAAGCUCUUGUCGCAACCGGCCACAGCACUCGGAUCUACCUCGUUGGCCGCAAGUCCUCGGAAGGACGCACGAAAGCCUUCAUUGAAGAGCAGCGUAGCGUCAACCCAAAAGCAGAAAUCGUCUGGAUCGAAGGCGAAGUUUCCCUCUUAGCUGACACGAAACGAAUAUGCGACCUCAUCAAAUCCAAAGAAACUUGCAUCGACCUGCUGUUUCUGACCGCCGGAUAUGCUCAAUUCUGGAAGCUCGAAUUGACAUCAGAAGGCCACGGGAUCGUACAGACCUUAGAAUACUAUUCCCGAAUGCUCUUCGUGGAGCAGCUUCUCCCACAACUCAAACGAGCAAAUGCUGGCAGGGUCAUCAGUGUAGCAGGUGGAGGGUUGGAAACGACAAGAAUCGACCUGGAAGACCUGGAUUUGAAGAAGAACUUCAGCAGUUUCAAAGGCCAGCCUCUCUACCUCACCCAGAACUCAUUGUACAUGGAACAGCUUGCCGAUGACAACCCAGACGUGUCGUUCAUACAUACCUGGCCAGGUUUUGUCGACACGGGCAACUUGUGGAGAAGUGUCGACCGUAACUCCUGGAUGGGGUGGGUGUUAUGGCUUACACUCCAGCCCCUCAUCAGCCUUCUGACGUACACGGACGACGAAGCUGGACAAAGAUACUUGUUCCAGUCGACCAGUGCAGCGUUUGGCGGGCAGGGAGUAGACUGGCAUAGCAAGCCCGGCCGAAAUUCGUAUGACAGACAGGCCAAUGGAUUGUACCUUGUCAACCAUAGGUGCGAUUGUACGCCAAAUGCCAAGACGAUGGCAACAUUGCGCAAGGAGGCUAGAGGCAAGAACUGGGCUCAUACACAAUCGGUGCUGGGGCCAUAUCUUUGA